AUGAGGGAUCUCUCUUUGCCCACGAUGAAGACCAACAUCCCGGCGAAGCCCGGACACGGCGGCUGGCACCAUAAGAAGCUCAGGCGGCUGCCGCACUUAUUCAGCAACACCCUAGAGUUACCGCUGCAGCGGGACACCGACGUGGUGGUCCACUCUGGCCUAACGAGCCUCUGGUUCACGGUAGCGAUGAAGGAGGGCUGGAAAGAGAUCCAAGCCCACCCCAUCGAGAUCCUUCCCAGCAUGACGAAGUUGGUGAUCAGAGACUGUGAGGGUGGUGAUCCCAAGGCAGGAUGUGCUGAUAUCAAGGUCGAUCGGUGGCGGUGCCGGCUCCUGGACUCUGCCCGGCCAUGCCUCGCCACUGCGAGAGUCAUCGACCGUGAGCUAAUCCUGACCGUCCCUUUGGGAACCGACGGCUCUGAUUAG